GCAUGCGCACUGGCAGGUGGGUGGAGAGGGUUUUUUCUUGUUUAUUUUCGUGGCUAACCUACUUUAGCCUACGUUAGCCUACUUUAGCCUACAGCGCUGUGCUCGGGCAAACUCCUCACGUCUUCAUCUUUUCGCGGUGUAACGGAGACUCCGGAGUCCGCCGUGUCUGGUACACCAACAAAACAUCCGACCGUCUCCCUUCAGGGUGAAACCUAAGGAGCAAGAUGUCAAUCACAAACACUCCCACAAGCAAUGAUGCUUGCUUGAGCAUUGUGCACAGUCUGAUGUGCCAUCGGCAGGGAGGAGAGAGUGAGAGCUUUGCAAAAAGAGCUAUUGAAAGUCUUGUCAAGAAGCUGAAAGAAAAGAAAGAUGAGCUGGAUUCACUAAUCACGGCCAUCACUACAAACGGUGCUCAUCCCAGCAAGUGUGUUACAAUCCAGCGGACUUUGGAUGGACGUUUACAGGUUGCUGGGCGUAAAGGCUUUCCACAUGUAGUUUAUGCCAGACUUUGGCGAUGGCCUGAUCUUCACAAAAAUGAAUUAAAACAUGUGAAAUAUUGCCAGUAUGCCUUUGACCUAAAGUGUGACAAUGUAUGUGUCAACCCAUACCACUAUGAGAGGGUGGUUUCCCCUGGCAUCGAUCUGUCAGGGCUGACCCUGUCCAGUUCAGGUCCACUUCUGGUCAAAGAUGAAUAUGACUAUGAUAACCAGCAGUCUCACUCGAGCUCUGAAAGUCACCUGCAGACCAUUCAGCAUCCCCCCUCCAGGCCUGGUCCUCAGGAGACCUUCAGCAGCCCUGCCCUCCUGCCUCCUCCAGAGGGCAGCAGCUCAGCUUCAACUUCUGCUUUUUCUACCAUCACUGCUGGACCAUCAAAUCCUACUCCCAACUGGAGCAGAAGCAGUAGCUUCACCCCAGCAGUGCCUCAACAUCAAAACGGUCAUCUCCAGCAUCAUCCACCUAUGCCUCACACAGGCCAUUAUUGGUCUGUUACCAAUGAAAUCUCAUUCCAGCCCCCCAUCUCCAAUCAUCCUGCUCCUGAGUACUGGUGCUCUAUUGCGUACUUUGAGAUGGAUGUUCAGGUUGGUGAGACGUUUAAGGUGCCCUCCACCUGCCCCAUUGUGACUGUGGAUGGUUAUGUGGAUCCUUCUGGAGGGGAUCGUUUCUGCUUGGGUCAGCUGAGCAACGUUCACAGGACUGAAAACAUAGAGCGAGCCAGGCUCCACAUUGGUAAGGGUGUGCAGCUGGAGUGCAAAGGUGAAGGAGACGUGUGGGUGCGCUGUCUGAGUGACCACGCAGUGUUUGUGCAGAGCUACUACCUGGACCGCGAGGCCGGACGUGCCCCAGGAGACGCUGUCCAUAAGAUCUACCCAAGUGCUUACAUCAAGGUGUUUGAUUUACGUCAAUGCCACCGACAGAUGCAGCAGCAGGCAGCCACGGCUCAGGCGGCCGCUGCAGCGCAGGCCGCUGCUGUGGCGGGGAACAUUCCUGGUCCAGGGUCUGUGGGAGGCAUCGCUCCAGCCAUCAGUUUAUCAGCUGCUGCGGGCAUUGGUGUGGACGACUUGCGGCGUCUGUGUAUUUUGAGGAUGAGUUUUGUGAAGGGCUGGGGUCCUGACUAUCCCCGGCAGAGCAUUAAAGAGACGCCCUGCUGGAUUGAGAUCCAUCUGCAUCGAGCUCUGCAGCUCCUGGAUGAGGUUCUUCACACCAUGCCCAUAGCCGACCCCCAGCCUCUAGACUGAGCUGAGGACACAGACUGUACAUACUCAACAAAAGCAAUUAUGGACUUAAAUCACUCCACCUUAGGUUCAGUCUGGACUGAGGAGGACUGCAAACACAGCCAUUCCCAGCUUAGUGAGUUGUGUCGGCAAGGACCUUUGACUCUGCACUAUACCUCAAAUGCACUAGAAACAUCCCUUGUGCUUAGUCCAUGACUUCCAAACAGCUGGAGGAAUAAACAGCACACGUCAAACUGGAGGAAUUACUGCACAGCGGAGACAUAGAGGAUGUGCAUUCAACAACCACUAGUCCCUCUCAAACGGUCUGUCCCUGGAACAAAUUUGGCAAAAAAAACGUAGGUAUUCCAAGUAUCUGAUAAGGCCAAAGUGCUUCUCCAGUGUCUGUGCAGUUGUCGUAGUCACUGCUGGUCCAGUCCUCCUCUGGUUGCUCUUCAGACCCAGUUGGUUUCAUGAAGUGGAGUGACUCCUUCCUUGACUCUUCAGAACAUUUUAAAGUCAUUCAUUGCCCUCGUCCUUGUACAUUGUAACCUUUAUUCAUAUUUUUGCUGACCGUUUUCGUUUACGUUUGUUUGGUUUCUCCCUUCCCCUUUUAAGAGUUUUAAAGUUUGCUAAAACAUUGCCCGAGCCCUUUUAGCAGCACAUCUUUUAAACGAUUAAAACAACUAAUGUUUUACACAACCCUUUUCUUUAUAAAUGUAACUGAAUAUUUUGAAAUCAUGGAUGUUAUCUCACAGAAAGGAAACUAUUAUUUGUACAAAACCUUUUUAUUAGAACUCCAGUGUCCAGAUUAGCACUUUACUGUUUUACAAGUUCUGUCUCGUUGCAUAGUUUUGCUUGUGGUUACUAACUGUUCCAUAUAGUUUUAGCAUAGUUCAUUUUUAUCGCUCAUUGUCCAGAUUAAAGUGUGGUUUAAAGGGAUUUUUUAUGGAUUUUUUUGCAUUGUUGAACACUUCCAUCUAGCGUAGUCUAAUGAUUUCCUUCAGACUCUACAGCACCACACCUCUUAGUGAUUGGUCUGUAUGUGACACUUAAACAUGAGAAACCUAAAACGAUUACUUUUGAGUAAGAUAACAUUAUGAAUGAAAAAGCGAGGAAAUAACUGUGAGGAAGUGUAAGCCAUACUGAAGCCAAAUACCUAAAAGGUGAAAGGUCAUCCAGCUACAUGUCAGUAUUAUGUUGCUUGCAAUGAAUUUUGGUUCCAUCUUCUUGCAGCUCUGUGUUGCAGUAUUUUAUACGUUUUGCUACCUUUACAGUGAUAAACCAUUAAAAAAAAAAAAGAAAAAAAGUUGUAAAUCUUUCAGGAAAUGCAAGUUCAUGCUCAUAAUAUUUACAGAUAUGUCAUGCAUACUGAAGUUUGAAUUAUGUUGGUGUUUAUAUGUAUGAAUAUGGUUGAAUAAAAUGUAAUGGGCUAACACUAGUGCUUUAUA